UCCGGAGUCCGACCCCGGUGCCGCGGCCAUUGGUGCCCGCUGUCCACCCCUGUGGCCGUCACUCGGUGGCACUGCCGGCCACGCUCUGGGACUUCUUCCGUGGCCUCUGAAGCCGUGGCACCAGGCACCACCCGAGGUGUCUCUGGCGCUCGCUCAGGCUGAAUCUCAGUCGGUCAGCCGCCGCCCACAUGGACCUCGGAGCACGGAGCCGACCGGGCUGCCAUCCACUCAGGGUCCGUCUGUCAUCUGUCCGUCUGUCGUGGACCUGUCAUCCAUCAGUGGCCUAUCGCCUGCUUAUCUUUAUCUGUCUGUCCCCACGUGGCCACUUAUCUGAACCCCCAUCAUGUCUGUCUGUUCCCAUGGCAGUGGGUCCAGCCGGUCUCCUCUCCUGUCCCCUGGGGGCCGUCCUUCGGGGACACCCUCGCUUGUCACCGUGGGGCCCGGGGUCGCUGUCACAGGGCCCCAUUCACACCCAGGUUCACCCCACAGGCUGUGUUUGUGGACCGUCUUCCUGACCAGUGACCCCAAAGGUGCCCUGCGGACCUGGGCCACCUCCCCAUGUCCCUGUGGGGCCCGGAGUGUCCCCCAGGUGGGGCCGCGGGCGUCCCGGGGUCCGCCUCUCGUCUGGGGACCGGGCCCCGCCCGCCGCAGGUCCCCCUCCUGGCGUGGACGGCAGCGCCCGCAGCGCCGGGCUCCCUGCCCCCUCCGCUCCUCUCUGGAUAUCAUGGUCUGAAAUCAACCGUGACGGCUUCCUGCCCCAAUCACUUCCCUAGCUUCCUUUCUGCGUUCAGCAAACGGGGCGGCCUCGGGCCUAUUAGUCACAAGCCGGGCUUGGGGACACCAGGAGCGCGGAGCUCUCGAGGGCCCGACUUCAGCUGGAGAUGGGGCCACGUGUCCAGCCCUGGGUGGCCGCUGCCAUCCUGCUGCUCCUGGGGGACCCAGCGGACGCAGGGGACCCAGAAGCCGGAGAAGCAGUCCAGGUGCAAAUCAUCUACUUCAAUUUUGAAACGGUGCAGGUGACCUGGAAUGACACGGGGACCAACCUGAGCUUCUCCUACAAGGCGGCCCUCAGUCAGUCAACCAACCGAUCAAUCAAUCGAUCAAUUGAUCGAUCAUCCGCGGUGGCCGACGUGUGCAACGUGACCUUCGAGGGCCUGGACGUGGAGCGCUGCCACCUGUUCCGGGCCAGGGUGAAGGCGGACGAGGCCUCCUACGGCCCCGAUAUCCCCCCCAGCGACUGGACCCAGGUCGCCCACUGGAGGGGCGCCGCACCCCAAGCCUCCUGCCUGCAGCCGCUCGACCACCUCUGGUCCCGGUGGACCCGCUUCCUCCUGGUGUGCAGCCUGGUCUCGCUGCUGGCGGUGGGCCUGCUGGUCGUCGGGCUGUGGAAGGCACAGAGGGUGAAGCGGCUGCUCAUGCCCACCGUGCCGGACCCCAGCUACAGCUUCUCCGGGCUCUUCGAGCAGCACCAGGGCGACUUCCAGGAGUGGAUUGCGGACACCCAGCACGUGGCCCCGUGGAGGAAGGCGCCGGCGGGGGAGCAGGAGCCCGCAGCUGAGCAGACCCUGGAGGUCCAGCUGUGCGGGGUGGACACGCGGCUGCCCGCCGCCCCUUCCCUGCGUCAGGAAGAGGCCCCGGCGGGGUCCCCAAGGCCCCCUCCCCGGGAGCCCCAGGCCGACAGCCUGGUGUCCCUUGGGGGCUUUGCCUUUGUGGUGACCGACAGCGCCUACAUGAAGCUGUGACAGGGGACGCAGCCCUAGGACGGCAUCUCCUGGCCGGCCUGGACAGUGCGCCCUCCUGCCUCAGCCUCCGGAGUAGCUGGAGUGACAGAGGUGUUUAAUGUGGCUUUGCAGUCCUUAGGGCCUUCCAUACGGGAAAGAAAAGGCUCCCCCACCUGACCUGUUUUCAUUUUCUCUACCUUUAUCUUGAGACCAGGUCUCUGGGUAAGUUCCCUGGCUGACCUCAAACCCAUGACCCUCCUGCCUCAGCCUCCCGAGUGCUGGCAUGAUGGCGUGCACCUCCUCUGUCUGGAUGCGUGUUGUCCGGGGCAGGAGCCACCGUGUGAGCUGAUGCCGUGGAAACAUGUGCGUGUCCUGUG